AUGGUCCGCAACUCCGCCUCCAUGCACUCCCUCCGAAGCAGCAUGGCCGAUUGCAGCAUCUCGUCGGAAGAGAGACAGCAGCAACCCGAGCUGCACCAAGCAGAAGAACAGUCUCCCCUCAAACGUCUCGGCGGCCCCUCAAUGCAGCUCUGUGGCCAAGAUGCCGCUACCAAGGCCCUCAUGACAAAAGUAGCCACCGGCCAGGCUACCGAAGACGAACAGGCUGCUUUCAACAUGCAUAUCAACCAGGCCCGGAGCUCGCCUUCGAUCCGCAGCAUGAUCCAGCCUAAAAUCCCCAAUGCUUCCUCCCACGACGCCUCGUCCAACGCGCGCUUGCCGUACGAUCCCACAUCCGUCGUCCGACGCUCCGAUCACAGCCUGGAUGAAGCCGCGCAGGAAAGCGAGAGGGCUUUGGCAGAGCUUCUGUAUAAGAAAGAUCAGCUGGACAAUGCCAUCAAGAGCACGCAAGCGCGGAUGCAGCAUCCUUCGACCAAGGAAACUCCGAAAAUGGCUACGAAAUUGAAGAAGGAAGACAUCCCGCCACUCGCGCUCCAGGAUAUACAAAUGCAGCUAGCACUGCUGAGGCAGCACGCCAAGAAGAGACUUCAACCACCUCACAAUCGGCAGGAACCUGCUCUACGAUACGUGGACGAGGAACAUGACUUCAAGCAGUACCUUGCGCAAUUAGAGGAUCGUAGCGAGAGAGAGGCUGCUGAGGCUGCGAACCGCUUCAAGCAGGCUACACGUCAGAACGCUGCCGUCUACACGAAACCUUUCUGCGACUUCUUGACCGAAAAUCCGACCGUCUUCCACGCUGUAUCGGCCAUGAAACAACAGCUGCUCGAUGCUGGCUUUACCGCACUGUCAGAACGUGAUGCGUGGGAACUCGAGCGUGGUGGAGCUUACUUUGUAGAACGCAAUGGAUCCUCUUUGAUCGCCUUUGUGGUCGGGGCAGGUUACGAGCCUGGCAAUGGAGCAGCCAUUCUCGCCGGGCACGUGGACGCUUUGACGGCGAAGCUCAAGCCCAUCUCGCAAGUGCCUAACAAGGCCGGAUAUCUGCAGUUGGGAAUCGCACCGUAUGCUGGGGCUUUGAAUAAGACUUGGUGGGACCGUGAUCUCGGGGUCGGCGGUCGGGUUCAUGUCAAGGAAGGCGACAAGAUUGUCACCAAGCUUGUGAAGCUCGACUGGCCCAUCGCUAAGAUUCCAACGCUAGCUGAGCACUUUGGUGCGGCGGCGCAAGGGCCUUACAACAAGGAAACACAGAUGGUGCCCAUUAUCGGACUUGACAGUACCAACAGUUUCGCUGAUUCGGCCUACGCUCCAGAUGGCUUCAGCCAGCCUCCGCUGCUUGGCAGCGCAGAAGGACCUGUCUCUAGCUUCAUUAGGACACAGCCUCCGGCGCUUGUCAAGGCCAUCAGCGACGCACUUGGUCUGGAGAGCACUACCGGUGGCGCUUCCAACAUUGUCAACUGGGAGUUGGAACUUUUCGACGUUCAACCCGCCACCGUCGCGGGCCUGAACAAGGAGCUCAUCUCCGCGGGUCGCAUCGAUGACAAGCUCUGCUCAUGGGCAGCCUUGCAGGCCCUUGUUGAGAGUCACGAGCACGACACUAGCAACAGCUCCCUGAUCAAGGUCGUCGGUCUGUUUGACGAUGAAGAGAUCGGCUCGCUCUUGCGUCAGGGUGCCAAAGGAAAUUUCCUACCAAUGACCAUUGAGCGUGCCGUCAGUUCGUUGGCGGGCAAAAGCAGCACUGAACUGGUGGGGAGAACAUAUGCGAACUCGUUCAUGGUGUCGUCUGAUGUCACGCAUGCGGUCAAUCCCAACUUCCUCAACGCUUACCUGGAGAAUCAUGCUCCACAUCUGAACGUGGGCGUUGCCAUUGCUGCAGAUUCCAAUGGCCAUAUGACCACGGAUUCAGUCUCUACGUCUAUCCUCAAACGCUGCGCCGAUAAAGUGGGAGCGCAACUUCAGGUCUUCCAGAUCAGAAACGACAGUCACUCCGGAGGCACCGUGGGCCCCAUGCUGUCUUCGGCCAUGGGUGUCCGCGCUAUAGAUGCCGGGCUCGCCCAGCUCAGCAUGCAUUCUAUCCGUGCUACGACGGGUGCUCUGGAUCCUGGUCUCGGAGUUCUCACGUUCCUGGGUUUCUUGAAUGGAUUUGAGAGCGUCGAUAAGGAGUUUCAAGAUUCCUAG